AUGGAGGACUCGAGGACGGACCAUUGGGAGCAAAGUCUGACCUGCGUCGAUAGAUUCUAUCAAUUUGGCAUCGCUUGGGGCAUCUCCACGCAAUAUCUCAUCCAAUACGCCGCGAUGAAGUUUUCAGACCACCACAAGAGCAUUUCUGAUCAGCAAAGAUUUGCCCUUCGGUUGUCAUAUGGUAUCCAGCUACUAUUUGGAUGUUUGUUUCUCUUAGGCCUCAUUGUCCUCCCUCAUAGCCCGCGGUUGUUUACUACUAAUGACCUCUUGGGGUCCGCCCUCGGCAUGGUUGCAGACCUCCACGCAAAAGGGGACGUGCACCAACCCGAAGUCAUCGCGCAAUGUCGAGAGAUGGCUGAGGAAAUCCGGAUUGAGCGCGAAAAGAACGUUUCCGCGUUUUGCACGUUGCUACGGAAGCCCUUGGCGAGGAGACUUUUCCUAGGAAUGAGUAUCCAAGCGUGGAACCAGCUGAGCGGCAUAAACAUCAUGAUGUACAACCUUGUAUACGUCUUGGCUGGAACCAGAGCCGUUUCGCCGUUUGUGAUGGCCACAGUGCAGUACCUCAUUUACUAUGUCUGCACCGUGCCAGCCAUAUACUUGGUGGAUAAAGUAGGCCGAAGACGAACGCUGCUAACUGGAUCUUUGGUGAUGAUGACAUGUCUCAUGCUCACCGGUGAUUAUGAAUUCUCCAGCAGUACAACGGCAAACCUACCUUGGCACAGUCAAGAAACCAACCCUCCUGGAUGA